UUAAAUAAUCUGUAGAUUUAAGUUGAUAUACCUUUUCAACAUAAACAAAACACCUUGACAGUGGGUGUAUCCCAUUUAAAUUGAAGGGCGGCCAGCUGACUAAAAGCUAGCCUAACAACACAGCUUUAUAUUAGUCGGCGCUAGUAAACAGCUUAACUUAAAAUUAAUGAAACGAACCAGAAAACCUGAUGCAGCAUUCUCACAAAAUUAACAUCUGUUAGACAUCGUUUUUUGGCUUGAGGUUUUCUAUACAUUUUGUUUUGCACCAACUGUUGAAAACAUACGUUAUUGCUGGAUUAUUACACCACCCUUCAUGAUUUUCAUUUUUCUGCAGUGUCUACAUUUCCAUACCUAAGGCUCUGUUUAUUUUUGACCUUCAAGUAAAAAAAUAUUUAUUUACAAAUUCAGUCAUCACAUAAUAUCCUUGAAAUUAAUCUUUUUUCUUUUUUUUUUCACACGAAGAUUUAUUCAAAGCGGUUUAUUCCUGAUCUAUUGCCAGUUCCUUCCAUUUGAGAAGUAUGACUUUUGGAGAUAUAUUUCACCAGAAAUUACAAAUUACACUUCUUGUUUUCUGCCUCUGCUUAGUAAAAGCUAAAAAUUAUACAAAACAAACAACUAUUAGAACAGAGUCCUGUUCAUACACCAUCGUUGUGAACCGUCGCAUCACACCCCUUUGUCCAAUUUUGACACCCAGCAACAAAACAAAAGUAAACAAAUCCUUUGCCGAUAAACGGACAGAUGAUGAAGAUGAAAUUUUUAACGAACCAGGAAUAAAUCCGGAGAGUGGGGAUUAUUUCUUCGAUGUUGAUGCUAUGUCAUCAGAGACUUCUGCGCCAAAUGACAAAAGCGGCGGUAUUUGCAGAAGACGUUUGGCGUUCUUGACCCAGCGCUUGCAAUAUCUUCAAGAAAUGCAAAAGGUGGAGCGUGAACGUGCAAAUUUGUACGAGAGUAACGUAAAGGGACAUGAUAUGGAAAUCGAUCACAUCGAUUCUGGUUUGAACACUUUAAAAACUAAUCUUACCCAGUUGAUUAAAGCAUUACAUUCCAUAGAAACGAAAGUAUUUCGCCAGGAACGUAUUAACAAUAAUCUGCAUCACAAACUUUCUUCUGUGGUUCUUGAUAUGGAUGAAGUGUCUAAGAAUUUCCAAAUACGACCUUCCAAACCAAUUUCUCAUUUAACGGAUGGUUCUGGCAAAAAGAUACUUCCAAAAUAUGCAACUCCAUGUAACUUAGUGGACGCUGCACAGCACUCCUAUGCAGAUUGCUCAGCUAUUUAUAAAGCCGGCCACAAAACAUCAGGAGUUUAUAAAAUACAACCAGAGGGCCUAACUUGCAGUUUGGCUGUCUGGUGUGAUAUGGAUACAGAUGGUGGUGGGUGGUUGUUAUUCCAGCGUCGAGCGGAUGGCACUGAAAAUUUCAAUCGCAAAUGGUUGGAUUAUAAAACUGGUUUUGGUGAUGUUAGCAACGAGUUCUGGUUAGGAAACCAGAACAUUUUUCUUCUCAGCAAUCAGAAAGCAUACGAACUGCGAAUUGAUUUAUGGGAUUUCAACGGAAACCGUGCCUAUGCGACGUAUCAAAGUUUUAAACUCGAAGGGGAGCGAGACAAAUAUAGAUUGCACGUAUCGUCCUUCAGCGGAACUGCACGUAACAGCUUCUACUUGCACAAUUAUGCCUUUUUCAGCACAAUGGACAGGGAUAAUGAUAAACACGCGCGUGUCAAUUGUGCAUCACAAUGGGAUGGCGGAUGGUGGUUUACAAAUUGCUGGCGGGCCAUGCUUAACGGAUUAUAUCAUCGUAAAUCAUAUGCCAAAUUCCGUGGAAUAGCCUGGAACAGUUGGAAAUACGAACAGCUAAAAGCAACUGAAAUGAAAAUAAGACCCUUAGAUCAUUAAUUACAUUCUUUUUAGGAUUGUCUAAAUUGAAUGCUGUUUAAAUAAUGCUACACGCAAUGCACACACACACACACACACACACACACACACACACACACACACACACACACACACACACACACACACAUACACACGCACACACAGAUGCUCAUAUACACACGAAGACAUACACAUAGACACUUCGCCUUAUAUUUUAUUUCCCUGUUCUUUCUCUGACGUCAUCUUUUAUUAAAAAGAUUAAAGUUGUAGUUUUUGUCUCUUU